GGCUGUUUCGGUUCCCGGUUUCCCUCCCUUAUAUGUCUUCCCUUUCUCUUCUUUCUAUCUUAUAAAUCCACCUCACGCAACCCCCACGGCUCCUAGUCCUGGGUCCUUCUCCUCAAACAACAAACCUAUAAUAACACCUCAGGCUUCCAUUUUAUGCUCACUGCUCCAACGAUUUUUAACUUCUAUGGCUGUCACCGGCAAGGAUGUGGAUCGGAUCAAGGGCCCAUGGAGCCCCGAGGAAGACGAAGCGUUACAGAAGCUCGUCCAGAAGCACGGCCCCAGAAACUGGUCAUUGAUUAGCAAAUCUAUUCCCGGCCGAUCCGGCAAGUCUUGUCGUCUCCGGUGGUGCAACCAGCUUUCUCCUCAGGUCGAGCACCGCGCGUUUAGUCCUGAAGAGGAUGAGACUAUCAUCCGUGCUCAUACUCGCUUCGGCAACAAGUGGGCCACUAUCGCUCGGCUUCUCAACGGUCGGACUGAUAACGCUAUUAAGAACCACUGGAACUCUACUCUGAAGCGGAAGUGCUUGUCUUCGGCUGUGGACGACGGGAGUUUUGGUAGCCGCGACGGUUAUGAUGGUAAUUUGGGCGGUAACUGUCAGCCGUUGAAGAGAUCUGUGAGUGCGGGUUCUGGUAUGCCUGUGUCCACGGGGCUUUAUAUGAAUCCAGGUAGCCCAUCCCAAUCUGACGUCAGCGAUUCUAGUGUUCCUGUUUUGUCUUCCUCGCAUGUGUAUAGACCCGUGGCUAGAGCAGGACCUGUUUUUCCUCCGACGGAAACGACAUCGUCUUGCAAUACCAAUGACCCUCCCACGUCACUCAGCCUGUCCUUGCCUGGUGCUGACUCAUCUGAGGUCUCCAAUCGAGUAGCCGAGUCAACUCCACCAACAAAUACAAUCUCUUUGAUGCCGGCGACAACUCAAGUUCCGCCUCCGGCAACGGCAACGGCAACGGCACAGGCGCAGGUGGCGGCAGCUGCGGUAGCAGCGGGUAUGCAGCAGCAGGCAGCGGUAAAUGGAGUAGGGGGAGGAUUUGUUGGGUUCACUGCAGAUUUUAUGGCGGUGAUGCAUGAGAUGAUAAGAAGGGAGGUGAGGAAUUACAUGAUGGAGCAGAGUAGUAGGGGCGGCGGCGGAGGCGGCAAUGGAGGCGGUGUUGGUAUGUGUUUUCAAGCAGCUGGUGGGGAAGGAUUUAGGAAUGUGGCCAUGAAUCGAAUUGGGGUUAGUAAGAUUGAGUAGAAAGUAGGCAGUGGAAUGAGCCUGGAUAAAUUGAACAGAGUAGGGAGAGAAAAGAACUGGGCAUUCGUUUUUUUCUCUUUUGUUUAGGGAAUAAUUUUGGUCAUUGUACAGAGGAGAAGGGAGAGAGAGAUGGGUAAAAGUGAAAAGAAAACCAAAAAUCUUAAGCAGGAAAUGAAGAAUGUUUUGAUAAAGGCAAAAAAUAAUUUAAGAAAAGGGGUGAAAUUGAAAAGAUUAGAAAUUUACCCAUUUCCUUGUGGCCCUGGAUCUUAUCAGGGAACUUGAAAAACUUGCAACAAGUAAAGAAUCUGAAGCAAAAAAUGAAAGCAGGAAAUUAAAUUUUAA